AUGUCCCGGUGUUCCGGCUGGUCAUUCAGUUUCUCCCGGUUAAUAGAGGCUGAUGGUAAAUGUAUGAAUAAUGCUUUAUCAGAUAAAAAGGGUAGAUACAGUACGAGGCCCGACGGGCUGUUAAAUGGAUUUUAAUUUAAUUUGUAACAAAUUAUACGAAUAUUAUAUUAUUUUAUGAUACAACUCAACUUAAUUGAGCGAAGUUCAUUGAAGUGAAAAUUAUAAUAAUCAAUAGAAAAUAAGUAAUAAUAUAGUUAAUGUAAAAAGAAAACAUAAACGUUUUUAAAAAAAAUCCAUUCAAUAUCAUGUCCUAGUUUUGGAAUUUCAAAAUCUGGCCACAUAAUUUUUGGUGGCAUCCAGAAAAUUUUGAGUAAGAAACAAAUAUUUAUUUCAUACUUCACUGUUGUCAUAUAAUAAAUUUUUUGUUGUUAUUUUUUUUUUUUACACAUUUGGGACUUGUAGAGCUAUUUUACUAAUUUAGUUAUUUUGCUUUGAUUUUCAAAUAUUUUGACUAAAGGUUCGUGUAGCACGCUUAGACACUUAUUAGCGCUUAUCAGUCUGACAUUUUCCCCAAAUUAUGUGAAAGUUCUUCGGGCAUGAUAUAACUUUCGAAUCAUUUCGGCACUAUUUAAAUUAUUUAUGGCUAAUUGAAAUUAUCGCAUUUUUUAGGCAAAUGUCCAAAUUACAAGAAUGCAGUGUUCAUCAACGCCAAUCUACGUCCGAGUGUUUUCUUGGGACUCUCCGGAACUACGAAGUUUAAUAUUAAUCGUACUUUUGGCACGAAUUUCUUGGUUGGCUAUUUAAUUCACCGAACUACGAUCAGUUCAAUACAUCCAUGUGGAAACAGGUUCCGUUUUGGUUUCACGAGUACCAAAGCUAAUAACAACGCUAUAGAAAAGUCCAGCAAGUAAGAUUCGAACAUUAAGUAAUAAUGUUAUUAAUUUUCUCUACUGUAGUCAGUGAUACUGUAAUACUUACUAUUGGUCAAAUUCAUAAUACGGAUUUAAUGAAUCGAUGUGAAUUUGUGAUAGAAACAAUAUGGCUUGUUUGUUUAUCAAAUACUAGCUGUCCUGCCCCGCGUGGCUAAGGCCAAUUUUUUUGUUGGAUCAAAUUUUAGAUUCUGAGCAAAGCGAGUAUAUACCGAGCAAUAAACCAAUGUAUUGGUUUUACAAUGAUGUUUACUUUUCUUUUUUACUGUGUACAAAAGUUCUACCAAAAACCUUGCACCUCUUCUGAAAGGGAAUUUUCCUGAGUUGGUACUUUAGAAGAGGUAAUUUUUUUAUUUUCUCAGGAGUUUUUUCAAUAAAUGGGAAAAUCAGGGAAAACGCAGGAAAACGGGAAAAUUUACAAAAAUAAUCCUUUUAUCAUUUUCAAUUUUUUUUUUUUUGUAAUUCAGUGAAAAAUAUCCAUAUAAUUAUUUUCUAUAAGCCAUUUUUUAUCUAUUGGACAUUUUAAUUUUAUAAUGUUUUUACGUAAUAUUUAUUCGGUAUGUACUCUGUGGAUAAAAUUUUUACAAGGCUAUUAAACUGGCUCCCAAACUUAGAUGGUGUAUGUUUUUACCUAUUGAAUUACCUCCUGAGAUUUAGGUAUUGAAUUGGCUCCCUCGACAUUUAUUUCAUGUAAAUAAGUAAGAACACAAACUCGUAUAUGAUGAACGUUGUUUAUUAUGGAGGUGUUCCUCUUGUGCGUGUUGAGAGUCUAAUAUUGGGAACCAAUUCAAUGGUCACUGGUUGCCAAUUGUUAGACAAAACAGAAAUACUCGACAAUUUAAAAAACGGUUUAUUAUAAGUUAUACGUAGUGGUCAAUAAGAAAAAGUUGAGUUUAAUAUAAUAUUUUAUUUUUAAUAAUAAUUUUAAUAUCAAAUUUUGACGAAAAUCGUAAAUAUUAUGGCCUUUUAAACAUGUAUAACCUAACUCCGUUCAGAAUCGUUUUUUGUUAGCAAAGAUUAAUCUUUGCGCACAAACAUUCAUUAAAUUCCCCUCUAUAUCCUACCUUUCCAACUACUAUUCUAUAAUAAUGGUUCACCCAUUGUGCAAAGUAUGUCCAUCUUUUUUUUAGUAUACAAAUAUAAAUGUAUGUUACACACGAUUUUAAUCAUGACUUUAUUCGUGUGCAUGUUAUAUGUCUAUACAGUUUAGUGUGUGUACCCCCAAUUUUAUUUUGAAUUAGUGCCUACCAGAAAUCUCCCAAAGCAAAGCUUUUCAAUCUUCCCAGAAACCAACUGUUUGAGUUCAAUAAAUGGGUGCCCAUUGGGAAGCUUCCCGUUGACCUUUUCAAAUUACCGGAACUAGGUGCCCGGGUACUUAGUUCAUGCACUUAGUCCAUAAUUAUUGGGUAUAAAUAAUUAUUUAUUGACAUGCUUUAGUGGUGGUGACGGCGGUGGUGAUGUUGGCAAGGUACACUUGAAGCCAACUCUUUGUUGGUACCUGGAUACAGACUUAAAGCGCAACACCUCACAUAAACUACGUUUCAACGUGUUUGACAAACUGUGGAUGAAAAUCAAUGGCCAAAUUCUGGCGGAUUGGUCGAAAUCGAAGGUUGUCGGACUCGUCGAGUGGGCUGAUGAUGAAUUCAACGUUCAGAUAUCCAUCAAUAAGACUACGGAUCAAUUAAAUGAGCUUAAGAUGAAUUUUAUAAGACAGAUGCCUGGCUUUUGGGUAUUGGGCGGUCAGUGCACGUUCGUGGCCCAACGAGAGCCACCGUUUUCCUUGUUACCCAAGAUAUUAAAGGGCUAUGAGGGCAUGUUGGGGUACCAACAAAGUUGUAUGACUUACGUAGCCACACUGGACCAGUCUCUGAGCACAGCCUUGCGGGUUAUGGCACGCAUAAAUUCCAACGUAACAACCUGCGUAGAAGUGAAGUACGAUCUGCGUAAAAAUAAGGCAAAAUCUACAUUGUCACACCGGAUCGUCCUGUCCGACGAGAUCGAAGCCAAAGGUGAUAAUAUACUAGUAUAUUAUAAAGUAGCUGGCACCAUUUUCCCUAAACACGUUUUUAUUCUUCUGCCCAUUUGCUCGCAUUAUCCCAUAUGCAAAUGCAGAUAGCUACACUCCUUUUCUCCCAUACACGAGGUACGUCUCCCUAUACCAAUUACCAUUUUUUAGUCUACUCCGUAUGUUCUCUCACAUCUCUUAUAUAGCGACCUCUAUAGCAACAUUUAGUUUUUUUUUCUACCAUUAAUUUAUCAUUCUAUGUAUUCAUUUCUGAUUAAUAUUCUCAAUUGCAUGACUACAACAUGACUGAACUUAAUAUAUACCAAGAAAGAAGAAAUCCAGAGAUCGAUAGAUAAAAGCAAAAAGAAAUUAGGGGAUAGAGAAAUCGAGAAAUAGAUACCAUACAGCCAUUAUAUAUUUAUAUUUUUUACGUUUAAACGUACACCAUGUUUAAAAAUGCAAUCCCUUUCUUUCCUCCAGGGAAACUCCUUAUGUGGCCUUGGAUGCCUAUAUUAUAAUUCGAUUAAGAAUUUUGAAAAUAAAAAAAAUGCUGAAAUGGGAAUUGUCAUGGGAGACGGUGAUCGCCACGACGCCCACUUCUCUGAAAUAAAAUCCGAUUAUCUCGUAUUAUUUACAAAAUCGAAUUGACUCGUUUUAAGUAGCUAGAGAAACCAUUUUCAGUGUCGUAAUAUUAUCAUUAACACCGUGUGUUGUAUAUAUCCGUAGGCCAAUUGGAUACGGAUGGAACGGUUGUCGGAAGCGUCCUCUGGAAUUUCACGAAAUAUUACACGUUGCGCCUCAGUGGCAUAUUGAAUCACAAUACGAACCAUCACGGAGUGGGAAUAGAACUCGAUUAUAAGGCGACUUAAGGUAAGCGUCCAUAGGUUCGCAUCGUGCGUAUCGGAUGGAUCGUAUCAAACGGAUUAAUUUGUUGUAGUGCGUCCACCGUAUCCGUAGCAAUCGAAUUACCGACGCGACGACCAUUUGCAAUGCUGUCGGAAAAGUCGCCGCUCUGAGAAAUCGCGUCAGCAUUACCGACGGGCCGAUGCGUGUGAUCGGUCCGCCACGGGUUAGUGGACGCACUCGUAUAACUUACGGCGCAAAGAAUUAUAAAAUGAAUUUGAUAAGAUCCGUUUUAACCGAUGCGUACGUCGGUGAAUCUAUGAUCGCUGACCUUCAAAUAACUGUUUCUAACGCAAACCUUGCAACUUUUUUUUUUACCAACAGAUAGUAAAUAUUCUUUUCUAGCGAUUUAUCAGUCAACGGCGUAUAGCUGCGAAAAUGUAUAAUAAAACAGCUUGUAGUUUAAUUUUCAGGAUCUUUCUGUAUAAAAAGAUUAAUAAAAUAAAACUGAUUAAAAAUACAAUUUUGAGAAUAUAAAAAACGUGUUUCUCAUAAAAAAUAUACAUACAAUUUAUUAAUUUGACUACAUGACCAAUCUACAUGAUCAACUUAGAAAAAUUGUAUAAUUUCGAUGUUUAUGGGGCUCUAAAUGUUACAAAACGUUUUAAAAUUGAAUUUUAUAUAAAUAAUUUAAGUGUCAGAAAAAUACACAUUUAAUCUAGAAAUGGCGGUUUUCUUUUAUUUUUUGGACCACUGUGCGUUGUACGGUCAAUUUCCAAUAUUGACAUUGCCUCGCUGUUUUUGUCAUUGCUCGUCUAUAAUAUUGUCAUGCUACAGAAACUAUAUCGUUUCCUAAUUAUCUAUUCUUAGGCUAGUACACGUACAUCAUUUUUUUUUUUUUUUUUUUCAUUUAAAUGGGGGUUUUUUUAAACACAAGUACUAAAUAAUGAACAGACUGCGGAAAAAAAUUAAUUUAAUUAAUUUAUAUGAAAAGAAAACAGGAGCGUCUAGUACAGUAAAGCCAGUUACAGGUAUAGGUACAAUAUUGAAAAACUGGAUAAGGCAGGUAACCAAAGAACUACAUAUAGUAAUAAGUUUAAAAUAAUAAAAACAGGUUGUUAAAAAAAAAUCUAAGUACAAAUGUUUUCGUUGUGGUUUAGAUACACAUUUAGAUAACACUUGCAAUAAAAAAAAAAGAAAUUUGUGGUUAUUGUUCAAAAGUAGAACACUUAAAAAGUGUUCGAACUAAAUGUCAAUAGUGUUAACAACAAUUAUAAUAUUACUGAACUUUUUGAUAGGUCAAAAUUGUAUGUUAAUUUAUUAGUAAAUAUAAAUGAAAUGGAAUUUGAAAUAGACACAGGGGCUACAGUAAUGGUUAUAGGCAAACUAGACUAUCAAAAUUACUUUGAAAAUAUAAAAUUAGAAACUACUAGCUUAAGUCUAAUUGUGGAACUGUACUAG